GCUGAGGGCCCGUGGUUUUGGAUAGCACUCAGAUCUGAAAUUCAAAUAGAGACGCGUCGAGGAGAGACAUGGGAGACCGGAGUCACCCGGGACCUUCCCCCCUCCUCCUCCACCUCCUCCUCCUCCUGCUUCACGGGAGAGACUCACGGAGCUAACACAGCGGGAGAACCCCGCGUGAGAGGAGGACACUCAGACACCGCGAUGCUCCUAAACUCCGGGAGAAGUCUCUGGACUUCUUCGAGUCUUUGUGGCUUCUUGGUUCACUUCAGGAGAUUUGAGUUCACUUUGAGAGGAGGAGACGUCCAUGAGCGCGCGGGGUUAUCCGUGAAAACGCUGGACACACCUUCAGCCCUGUAACAGCUUCACUAUCCAGCUGUCCAGAUGGGGUGCAGAUGCUGUAGGAUGAUAAAAAGUUACAUCUACGACCCAUCGGUCCCUGUAGAUGGUCACGGAUACAAGCAGGACCCGUCCAGCAACUCCUUAGUACCUCCUUACCAGUGUCACAGAAUACCAGACGAUGUCCACCACAAGAAACAAGGUUUCCACAACCUGGGCUAUACGAGCAACACCAGCCCCACCAAACUCGACAUCGACAACAACCACAUAAACAGGCUUCAUGCUAACAACCAGGCCAGGUCCAACCUGCCUCAGGCAACAGGGGGCGACUCUAGCCUCUAUAUCCUGCAGCCUGAGGGGGAAGGAGCCCCCAUAAGAACUUCUUCCGCUGUCGUUCCAAGUGCACCGCCGAUAUACAGCAUCCCAGUGCAGGCGACCGAACCCGGUAAGCGAACAGAGAGGUUCAGAGACUCCGGCCUUGGGAAUGGGGGCAUGACUGACGGAAACGAUGGAUCGGACGGAUACUUGUGUGGACAGGACGAAGAGGACGAAGAAGAUGGACGGAGACGGAGGACAGCAGAAACUCCAGACUACGUUGGAGACACGGCUGAUGAGGAGAGUGUGAUCUCAGUGGACAUUCACACUAGCAGCACCAGCCUCUCAUCAGCUGACACCAAGCUUGUGGUGGACGACAGAGUGCAGGAAGACUCGUCCCUUUCCAGGAGAGAGAGAAUGAGGGAGAAAGACACUGAGGACUCUGUAAGUGUCACGGACUCUAUGGUAGCCGAGGCACUCGCUGCUUUAGAGGCAGCCACUGCAGGAGAGGAUUAUGAAUGAGAAUGGACCAAUGCACAUAAAUAAUAUAGUGCUCACCAUCUGAACACUGAACUUUCAAAGCCAAAAUUCUAUUUUUCAUAAUAUGAACGAACAUUCAGAAAGUGCUUUUACGGGUUUUAAAUGAAGGAAAAGAACAACGCUUUUAAACCUAAUUUUCUAAACUUGACCGAAUGGCCUUCUUUUUUGUUUACAGGGGAAAAUAUGCUCAUUCAACAGACUACAGACUACUUACUAGUCUUUCAUGAAUAAAAUGUAUGGUUAUUACCACCCCAAAUCAGAAAAAGGUACGACAGUAAAAAAGAGGAUGAAGCUAAGACAGCUAACUUCAUUUUAUUUGUUAAUACACAUCCAUCUCUGCAUUUUAGGACUGCAACAUUUUGCAAAAAACAAUAAUUAAGAAGUCCAUGGACAUCUCUGAUUGUUACGAUGCGUGAAAGAACGGACGAGGAGAGUGGACGCGCACGCAAGUAAUAUUUAUUAAAACAAAACUAACAAAUAAACAAUAAACCAAACAGGAACUCGUAGAACAAACUGAAUUACAAGCAGAACAGAAAUGCAGCCUAGACAGACGAAUACAAGCACAAGAACCGACAUACUAACACUGACAACAAAGGAGCUUAAGUACACACACAAGGUGGGAAAGGAGACCAGGUAACACCUGGGGCUGAUUAAUGAGGGGCGGAGUUACAAAUGAACACAGGUGAAUGGAAAAUUACUGGGGAACACAAGGGGAGACGAGAAACACAGGGAAAACAGGUCAAGGGUGUGACACUGAAAAUGAUCUCAAAAAUCUAGAAUACUAAUUAAUCCUGCUUCAAUUUCAGACUACGUUUUCACAGUGUAAUGGUCCAUUCCAGAUGCCUCCAAACCCAGAGAAAUCAGCACAUGGUUAACAUAAGGCUUCUGUUUGCACACUGCUAGGGCUGCAACGAUUAAUCGAUAAUAUAAUCGACAAUGCAAUUCAUUUAAUUUGUCGACUACAAAUUUCAUUGUCGACUGAUCAGUAAUUUGUAACAGUACGGCAUAACACAAACUGCUGGGGACAGAGGCGCAAUGGGAGAUGGGUAAAUGUCUCACUCAUACAGAUUUCACUCAAUUUAGUCUGUGUCUCCAAAAGUGCCCAAACACAACAGAUUACAUAUUUACUUACUGAAUAUCAGUACUCUACACAUUUAAAUAACAUGUAGACAUUUAAAUGCCUUUUAAAUCGUAUGUUUAGCUGUUUCUAUUGUUUUUAGAGAUAAAAUUGUUGACUAAUCGACUAAUCAAAAAAAUAAUCGUCAGAUUAGUCGACUACCAAAAUAAUCAUUAGUUGCAGCCCUACUGUAGUGCUUCAUGAAAAUUGCCCUAGUAAUCCCUUGCCCAUGUGGUUCUAUCAGACACUGCUUAAUGAAUAUUCUUGAUGAAGGCCUGUCUGAGGGAGUGGAGAUCAUGGGGUUUAGCUUAGGCUUAGGCCCUUGCUCUUUUUUACUGAAAUUACGAAAUUCCAUUUCCUGAAUGGUUUUAUGAUAUUAUGCACUCUAGAGGAAGCAAAAACAAUACUGAUUUUAUCUUAUCUUAUUAUUAAACUGUGCUAAUUGUUAAGGCACCUUAAAAGCAUUACUGUCUUAGCAAUAGGAGUGUUUUUGCCAGAAAAUCAUCAGGUCACCCCCCAGCCUACAUUCCCAUAUGGGGGUUCCAGGUGUGCAUGGCUUUGUUCAUGUGUUGUUAUGGGGACACAGUUUGGGACACAUUGUGUCAUGGAACCUGUGGACAGAACCUACUGGGUCCCCAUACACAGACAUGGGCGUGCUGUCUGGGCUGUAUAUGAUAUUAUGCACUAUAGAAGGAGCUAUACUAUAAUUUUUUUAAUCCUGAUUUAUAAGUCCUAAUUAUCCACAUCCCAUUUUGUGUCAUUUUCUGUGUUACAGGCUUAAAAUGGCUUAGAACUUGAUUUGUUUUAACAAAUAAAAUUAAGUUCAGACAAGACAUGACAUUUCUUCAGUUCAUAUUGUCUGCAAUCAAAUAAAAGCCAACUCAAUUUAAGAAACACAGUUUUUUUCUGAUUUGGGGUCGUAUAAAACAAAUAUAUUUUGCCAAGAACAUAGCAUUGAGUAUAUUUUCAGUAAGUACACUGGACUGUUACUAUGUAAACUUUAUUUUUGUGCUCUGUUAUUGUGCUAUAUAUUUUAUUCUAUAUUGUAUACAAGUCCACACUACUACAUUACACUCAUUUUUUUUAGAAGUUGUAGACAAUUUCUAAUAUUCUCUGAUUCUCUGAACGCUACUGGAAUACAGCAUGUUACCAUACAGAUGACCAGAGGGCUACUACAUCAAAUCACCCUGAGAAAAACACAAAAGCCUUGAUGCCUUCUGCUGCCUUCAAGACAUGUUGGAAAUAUCAUAUUUAGGACAUGAGUGCACAGAAAAGCCACCACAAACUUGUAAAUACUAAUGGAAAACUAAGUUCUGAAUUUCCAAGUCCUGUAAAAAAAAAAAAAAAAACAACAAAAAUGAAAUUAGUCGUAUGUUAUAAUAGCAACACAAACACUGUUGUCUAUAUAUUGAUAUAAAAAAUAAUAAUAUUCACCUAAUGCAUAUAUAUAUAUUUUUUUCUUUGUGUUCUGUAAUUGUAAUUAUCUUUGGUCUCAGUUUGCAACAGAAAAACAGAAGUAAACAAAACUUACAACUUACUUUUAAGCCCCAAAGAUUAGGUGAAACAAUUCUUUUUUUUAAACAGUUUUUUACUGCCUAAUGUUUAAUUCUUAAAAAUAAAAUGUUUAAUUCUUAAAAAUUCAAAUUGCUCAAACACUGAGAAUGUUUUGUACACAUACAUUUUUAUAAACAGUUUAGAUUAAGUAAUCAUGUGGUGCAACCGUGAUUUAUCUUAAAAUUCAUUAAUUUACUGAACAAUCUUUAGAUUUCAAAUAAAUGUGUUACAUAUUUAUAAAUAAAUGUUUGCAUUAUGUGGAGAUUUAAUAAAUAAUGAUCUCAUAUUUUUAUAUAAUAAUUCUAUGUCACAUUUAGCUUCUUAAUUGUACUGUAUUGCCUUUUUUUUUAUAAAUCAUACAAUUGAUAAAUAGCUUUAAAAUAUACCUUUAAUUUAGGCAGACUGUAUCAGAAAUAUUUUUUUUUAUAUCACAGUUUCUGCUAUUAGGGGUCGCAGCACAUGAUAUGUGGACACUUUAAAUAACAGAAACAAUUUCAAUUAACUAAUGUUUUGUGAAAAGAUAAGAUGAAUAUUUAUAUAUGUCACCAGUUAAGGCUUUUAUACAUUUUUCUUUUAGACUGAAUAUAAUGCAGUCAAACGUGCAUCACGUCACUGACCCAAAUGCGGACCACUAUCAAGGUGUACUUGAAGGCAGCUUUAGCUUCACAGAAUGUGAUCAUCUUUGUGUUUCACUAGGGUGCUCCUGAGGUGCACAAUCAGGGGGGAAGAGCCCUAUUGUCAGUUAACCUUCAUUAUACUGUAAACUCAGACAUGUACAUAUAUCUCUGUGCUGUACUGUUAAAAGUACACUCUUAAAAAUAAAGCUGCCAAAAAUAUAUUAUUUUAAUACAAAACACACUAAAGAACUUCUUUUACUUUGAUGUUUCUUUGAAAAAAACAAAACAUUGGUGGUUCUUCUCUGUAGUCUGACAUCAAAAAAACCCUUCUCGUGAGCUUUAUUUUUAAGAGUAUGUUCCUGAAUUAUCUGUAUAUGAAGCUAAUUCCUCUGAUGUCUGAUGAGCUGAAGCGGCUCGUGAUCUGUUCAUUUAUUAGUUGUGGAUGUCUAGACUUCCAGAGAUUCCUGGAUGUGUUCUGAAUUUAAAAUAUCACUGGGGGAGUUGAAGUGUGCAUCUGACUGUUGACAUUUGCCAUGAAUGCCAGAAAAAGCCUAGAGUGACCCGGGCAAGUCCUGCCUCUCGCUUCUCCAGCUUUUUCAACUGCGAGAAGAAAAUAACUGACCUAUUUGAAGCCCACUCUGACACUCUUCAAAAUGGAAGCGUGGGUUCAAGUCUGACGCCCUGAAUGCCUUAAAACGUCUCUCUGGGAAAACACUAGCUCACAACAGUUCACAGCUGCCUUAUACGUUACAGACAGGGGAAUUGCACCUGCAUUUCAAACCAGAUUUUAUCAAUAGUAAAAUAACGCAUAAUCGCUGUUAUUUAUACUAAUAAUUAAUAUAUGUUUAUUUAUGCAUAUGAUUUAUUUGUGCCAAUGACAGUAGUUAUCCGAAAACACUCUGUAGCAAAACAACGGGUAACUAACUGAGGCCUAGCAUGAUUACUGACUACUCUGUCUGAAGGACGGACUGGAGUUUAUCUGACACACUUAAUGUUUCCAGGUACCAGCGCAUCUUAAAAAAAUAGAACAUCAUUGAAAAGUUACUUUAUUUUAGUAAUUCAGUUAAAAAUGUGAAACUCAUAGAUGUAUUAAUACAUCUAUAUUAUUAUAUAUAUAUAUGUAUUACAAACAGAUUGAUUUAUUUUAAGAAUGUAUUUAUUUUAUUGUUGAUGGUUAUGGCUUACAGCCGAUAAAAGCCCAAAAAUCAGUGUUUCAGAAAAUUAGAAUAUUAUACAAGACCAAAUAGUACUUUUGGCAGUGUGAGCAGUGUGCCAAGUCCUGCUGGAAAAUGAAAGUCCAAAGUCAGUGCAGUGUUUUCCUAAAAAAUCUUACAGCACUUCAUGCUUCCCUCUGCUGACAACUUUUAAAGAGAUGCGGAUUUCAUUUUCCAGCAGGAAUUGGCACACUGCCCACACUGCCAAAAGUACCAAUUUGGUCUUAUAUAAUAUUCAAAUUUACAGAUUUUUGGGUUUUCACUGUAAGUAAAAAUCAUCAAAAAUAAUUACAUAAAAAAAUACAUGCUGUUGUAGGUUUGUUCACAUUACAGAAAGAUAAAGAUUACUCACAUUACUGAAUGUGAACUGUUGAGAUCUGAUCUGACCUGAGCAAAAUAUUGAAAUUGAAUAAUGAGGCUAAAAGAUGGUUUUGCAAUGUGAAUGUAGCUUUAAUAAACUAAAGCUAGUGUGUUAAAACAGAUCAAACCAGAAAAAAGGUGGGAACCGUUUGACAGAGAAAUAUCAGCCAUAUUAUUUUUCAAAUGGCUCUACUGUAAACUUUUCAUUUUUUAUUAUUAUUUUAGCCAAAACUGCAUUCUUUUAUGUAUGUACAAACAGCUUUAGACUCUUCAGUGCUGUUAAAUGCCUCUCUUUAUUUAAAACUGAUGCAUAACAUAUUUUUUCAGGUGUAUCAUCAAGUUUUGUUUUCUUUUUCCAUUUUUGUUCUAAAUCUGGUUCACUUUUUAUGUACCUAAUAAAGCAGGCAGAGAAAGAGGAAUGAAUUGUCACAUGAAUUAAUAAAAU